AUGGCUCAAUUUCUGAGGGGGAAACAGGCCGGUAUUCAGAAGGAUUUGUCCGAGGGUCUGUCCCCGGAUCUUUUCCAGCUUGACGACUUCGAGCGCUGCGGUGUCAACUCACAAAUAAGUGUGAUCGCCUACGAUCCCAUCCAGUCCCUCCUCGCCGUCGGCACCAGUGAUACCCAGUUCGGCAGCGGCCAGAUCUAUGUCUUUGGACAACGGCGCGUCUUAGUCGUCUUUCCAUUCCCGCGCAAGGCCUCGGCCAAGUUCCUGCAGUUCUGCGCUGAUAAGCUCAUCAGUGUCGACUCGAGGAAUGAAAUCUGCAUAUUCUCCCUUACCACCAGUCUGGAUUAUGCCUUCAUUGGCCUUUUAAACGGCGAGGUUGUUGCAUAUGAUCUCGAUCGAGAGUGCCUGACGCCUUUCAAGAUCCCAAAUCUUUGGCUGGAGAAGAACCCGCGUGCUCGCCUAUUCCCGGUUGUAUCACUCGCCUUUUCGACACGAGAUAUCGGUAAGAUCUUAAUUGGAUAUCCGGAGGGAGCUGUGACAUUCUCAUUCAAGCAAAAUGUCGCGCAAAAGUACUUUGUCUAUGAGGUUCCUCCCGGCGCCCCAGGUGGCGAUUUCGAGAUGCCCUCCAACCUUGUGCGCCGCCCCAGACUGAUCGAUGCGGUCUGGCAUCCAAACGGGAUAUUUGUACUGACCGUACAUGACGAUACCAGUCUCGUUCUCUGGGAUACCAAGGACGGCCGCAAGCUUCAUGCCAGGACAAUCCAGGCCACGAAUAUUGACCAGCCGGGCAUGACCCGGUCCGAUCCUGCUGCUGGGGAGUUCUCUGGACCCAAGGAGCCCAUUACCAAGGUUACAUGGUGCGCUAAGGAAAGCGCCGAUGACACUGGUAUCCUGGCAUAUGAAUCUACCUCUUCCCCGGGAGCCCACGCUAUCACAUACUGCCUCGUCCCACGCACCGAUCCUUAUUUCGCCGGUGCUCAUGAUCCAAUCGCCAUCCUUGUCGUGCUGUCCUCUGGGGAGUUGGUCACGAUGAGUUUUCCCAGCGGUCACGCUAUCACACCAACCAACAUGCUCCAUCCGUUCCUGUCUUUCGUUCAUCCAUUCGUGAACAAGGCCACACUCACACCAGUCGAUCGUGCGGUUUGGCUGGGGCUGAGGGAACGCAGGUUACAAGGGCCUAAAUUCGUCCUUGGGGGUGCAGAAGCGAAGAACCCUUUAAAGCGCUUCGAGAACCGGAACGUAAUAUCUACUGCGCACGCCGAUGGCACGAUCCGCCUCUGGGAUGCUGGUCACGAUGAUGAAAUCGAGAAUGGAGACGCCGUGCAAGUGGAUCUAGCUCGAGCCGUGGGUCGAGUUCGCAAUAUUGAGGUGACCGAGAUGUCGAUGGGAAUUGGCACGGGUGAAUUGACAGGAAAAUCCUCCUGGUGUCAACCAAGGAGCUGGGAACCUGACGCCAAUCUCUCAUCGGACGGACCCUGGCUUGAAGACAGGAAUGCUCCCCUGACACUUUUAGAUAUGCAACAGGGGGUAGUCACAGCUUUAAAGCAUAGCCCGGUGGGUUUUGUCGCGGCUGGUUUCCAAGGAGGUAGCUUGGUGAUCAUCGACCUGCGUGGUCCGGCAGUAAUACACACUGCGCAUCUAUCGGAGCUGACAAAGGCGCCGAAGCGCAGCAGCUUCUUAAAGAAGACUGGUACAGAGGAUACUUCUCCUGAAUGGCCAACCUUUAUCGAUUUUGGUGUGAUGACUUUAGAUGGUGAAGACUAUUCAAGUAUUUGCUGCUUUGUUGGUACCAACCGAGGAAAUGUGGCAACCUUCAAGGUGCUACCCUCCCCGAGUGGUACAUAUACAGCUGCUUUGGCUGGGUUCUCAAAUGUCGAAGACAAGAUCAUCGCCCUUAUUCCCAUUGACGCAGAGUCUGGGAGACACGCUUUUGCCACGCCUGGUGUCGUCGGUGGACUGAGAAAUGGCGUGAAGGUCAAUGGUGUUGUGAUUGCAGUCACACCUUCAGGCUGCAGAAUCUUCAAGCCACCUACAUCGAAGGGUGCACACAAGAACUGGGACGACUAUCUCUGCGACUCAGCCGCAGUUGUGAAGAGCGAAGGCCGUGGCUACAGCUUGGUCGGAUUGUUUGGUGAUGGCAACGUCCGUGCAUUCUCCAUUCCUGGCCUUCGAGACAUAGGCUGCGAAAGAAUCAACCACAUUGCUGAUAUGCGACGACUGCCUGAAGCAUGCAUCACACCAGCGGGAAGCGUGAUGACUUGGGUUGGUCCUUCACAAAUCGGGCUCUUCAAUGUUUGGGGAACCGGUCGCAAACUGGCUGUGUCUCAAGAUCGUCUACAUGACCCUGCAAAGGUCCUACCCGCGCGUCCCACAAUCACCAACAUCCAGUGGAUCUCUGGUACUCAAUACGUUUCACCCGCGGACAUGGAUCUCCUGAUUGGAGGCCCAGACCGCCCGCCAUCCAAGCGCAUGAUCGAGCAAAUGAAAAUGGAGGAUCAAGAGCGCCGCAAAGCACUUCGAGAAGGCCGCGCGCCACCACCCGAGUCAGGCAAUCAGGAAACCUACUGGUCUUCCAUGUCCCGCGCAGUCCAGGAACGCACUGAGCGGCUUGGACUGGCAACCGACACUAUGGACCGUCUGGAGGAGAAUAGUAGUAACUUCGCCAGCGACGUGGGAAAAUACGUACAGAGCCAAAAGAGGAAGGCUAUCUUGAGCGCGCUGGGGUCGAAAUUCGGGCUCUAG